CGAAAUUAUUCGGAAAAAAUUUCGACCAGUGCAUUCGGCUAUGAUCCAUUGAUUUUUCUUUCUCUAAAAUCUCUUAUUUUUGGGUCUUAAAAUUAUUCAAAGCUUGUUUAGAACUGUGUAACAAAGUGUAGUGUAAUCAUGAAAAGUAAUAUUGCGGUGAGAUAUUAAGUGUGAAUUUGAUUUUCUCAGGCUAAUAUUUAAACGAAAAAAAAGCGUCAGUGCUUCUCUCUCGUACAUUUCAUCAACGUAUAACGCCAUUGCAUUCAUACACUAGUGUUGUUCCGUCAGAUGGAUCCGGGAUAAACUCGAUUCUGACAAAGGAAUUUCCUGCAAACUUUUUAGCCUUUUGUUGGCUCUUGUUGCUCAUUAAAAGUUAAGACUUAUCGUGUUUUAGGAAAUGUAAGGUUCUGAUAUUGUGCUAAAAUCAUGGAGUGUGAUGUGACACCCGGAAAAUCCACUGAGAUUGCUCAGGAGGAGGCAGGAGAAGAUGGGAUCGUUAAGUUCACUAUUAUGGAAGUAACAGAGAAGGAGGACACAAUACUGCCCGAAAAUGGUGAUGGAACGCAGUCAGAUGAGCAGAGAGGCUUUGCUUGCGACCCUUUAGCUAUAGAGCCGUGUGCCCUAGAACCCUGUACAUCUGAAAUCAAUUUAAGGCGUACGACAACACAAAGAAUUGUACAAGGUUCUAAGGUACCUCCUGUGCCUGCGCCUAAAGUUAUUAAGCACCAUCAUAGUCUACGUCGUUCUGUGUCCAGGAUUAUGAUGAAACCCAUGGCGACAAAAAAUCAACCGGAAGUCUCUCCCACAUCUCAGGCGUCGACAAUGCGAGAAAUAUUAGCAUCAAUUCCUGGCUUUAGCGUAAAACCACGAAGGCGAAACAAAAAGAUGUCGACGGCAGCUCAACUGGAGCAGACACGAGAAGGAUGUAUUGAUCUGGAGACACCUGAUUCCAUUCUCGUUGGAACAAAUUUGCGUGCAUUGCUCAAUAAGCACACAUUUAGUAUCCUUCCUCCGUUAUAUCAGCGAAAACUCGUACAGCUGCUGCCACGGGUCGAUCGGGCUGAUCUUGAUGGAGAAUCCAGUGCAUCUACUGGCGGCAUACGACUUAAUAGUUCAAGUUUGAAUAAUGAAUUCUUUGCACGGGCAUGUCUGGAGUGGCGUGAACGACUAGCCGAAGGAGAAUUUACUCCGGAAAACCAACUGAGAAUGAAGUCUGAAGCUGAAAGGGAAAAGAUGCGCCUCGAUCCGUGGAAAUUGAAACACUUUGAGCCCAUAUGGGGUGAAAAAGGGGCAAAGAAAGAACUUAUACUACCACAGAGGCCAUCUCUUAAAACCACAAUUAAGCUCAAACCUACAGCUACUAUUUCUACUAGCACAACACAUGUUCCGCAACAGGAAAAAGUUGUUGAACCACCACCGACGCCUGCGAGGCGUAUGAGAACUGUAGGGGCUGUCACGCGGAGCACAACAGGAAGUUUAGCAAGUCAACAGCAACAGAAUAGCCCUAGUAAGAUAUGCAGUCCAUUACCGGAUCUUCUGCCUAUCCGGACAAAGGCUACACGUCCUUCGCAAAUGAUUCCGCAUGUGCUAGAACAGUCGCAACCACCGAAAGAAUCUGCAGGUACUGUGAUAUUGAAGACGGAAAUCAUUGAAACGUCAAAGAAAAAUGCAUCAGAGGGAACGUCGGGUAUAUCACUGAAGAGAUCAUCGCCAAUUGCUUCAUUAGAGGAAACGUUUCCUAGCAAACAGAUCAAGUCUGAAGAUACGACAGAUUUUAUUGAUGAACAGCCGUUUGUGUCCAUGGAGAUGGAGGCAACAUCUGAAGUCCCAUCAAAGAUAAAUGUGAAAAAAGAGACCGAUGAAGCGGCUGAUGAAUUGCCCAUGGAGUCAGAUGUUGCAGGAUAUACAGAACUUUCUGUUGUAGAGCUGAAAGAAAAGAUAUCACCCAAAUCGUUGACACUAAAGGAACAUGAUUAUGUUGAGAAGGCAAAUCAACCUAUGAUUGUAGAGGAAAAUGCAGAUGAUGAAGAGGAGAAUGUAUGUGCUGAUGGAGAUGAUGAGAUUAUUGAGGAUUUUGUGGAGGAGAGUGAAGUUGUUGAGCAACAAUGCAGUGUUGGAGCUAUUGAUGAUGCAUCCACAAUGAGUUGUGAGCAAAAACUCAACGAACCUAUAGAGGAAGAUGAGUUGCUGGAUGAGGAAACUGUAACGACGGAAUACAGUUUACAGUCGCAUCAGCAAAAUUUUGAGGGUGUCCUUCAAAUUCAACCUGACACGCUGAUUUUCCAGAGUUCAACAUUGCCGUGCAUUGCAGAUGAAGAAAGUCAUUCUAGUGCUUCCGCACUUGCGGACUGCAGUGGAGAUAACAGUGUUGAUCCUGCAGCUGUAGAAGAACUUGAACCUACAAUACAGAAUAUCCCAAUCGAUGUUGUGGAUCAUGAAAAUAUCGAGCAAACUUUUACCGACGCAGAAAAUUAUGUCUUGGAAUCAGGAGAAAUAGUAGCAGAUGAUGAAGGUUCUGGGACACUUUCAAUGGGUCCUAAACUAUGUGGCGGAGAAGAUAUUCAAGCUGAUCUUUUUGCAGCAGCUGUAGCAAGGGCACUCGACAGUGUACCAGUUAAUGCUCCAGUGGCAAUGACUAUUGUGAGCCCAUCGGAAAGUACAGAAGUGAUUCCAAUGCAGGAGACACUGGAGUUGAGGCUCGAGGAGAGCACAUAUCAGCUACCUACACCUUGGUCUCCAACUGAUGGUACUAGUGGUGCAUCAACCGGAGAAAGUAGUAGCGGAAAAAUGGAUGUAAAUACUCCUGAUACUUUUAUUGUUUCAUCUGGCGGAGAGUCAUCAAGUGAUACGGCAGGAUGUGCGACAAUCCUCUCCAAAAGUGAAUCGAUUAUACCCUUUUCGACAACGUCACAGGUAAAGUUGGAGCUUGAAGUAACACUGACACCAGAAGCCGAAGUGAGUAGUACUGUAGUGAGUCAGGCAGAUAGCGACGGAAGCAAUGAAAAUGUGUCAAUAGCUAAAGCUAUUAGCCGGCAAACACCAACCGUUUUCCCACCUACCACAAUUGUCUGCCUCCCAACAGCAAUGACGUCUGUGUCACAGAAUUCUAAUGCCACACAUUCAACCACUAAACAUCCUUUGACAAUCAUGACACAGUCACAGCCCACUGGCACGGUAGCACAGGCAAAAGUCCUACAACAUGUGAAUACAAGUGUGAAUGAAAAAUUCCCUACAACAAUGAUUCUUACAACAUCAACUGGGCAGAAGGAGCAGCCAAUUGUAAUGGCUGCAGUUAAGCAAGAGGUGCAGCAUGUGAAUCAGGAGAUACAUUUGCAGAAACCAAGAGCUGCUGUGGUUGCUAGCUCGAGUUCUGUACCAUUUCUUUCUCUUACUGCUGCCCAGCCACUUAGAUCGGUUGCUAAUGUUGUGAAUCAGGUAGCGGGACGUGCAAAAAUGACGACUGUUGGUGCGGGAAAUAAAAGCACAGGUGGACGGAGAUCACAAAGCAACAAACCUCCACCAGGUGCGGUGAACCUCGAGAGGAGCUAUCAAAUUUGCCAGGCUGUCAUUCAGAAUAGUCCCAAUAGGCACCAAUUGAAGCACCAACUGCGGCCACCGCCAUCAAUGUUAGCUGCAACCUCAGGAAAUUCUGGUAGUGAUAAUUCAAAUUCAUCCGAAUCUGGAAGUAGUAAUUGUUCAAAGAAGGAAGAGCAGACUCAGCAUGGUGUUGUAACAUCAACAAAUAGAACAAUUUACAAGAUUCAGAGUAAUACUCUUCGUGCUGGUCUGCAAAAGAAAACAUUUGCUCAGAGACAGACAUCACCUCUACUUGUCCGGCAAGUUUACACUGCAUCAAAUGCCAAUCAGGGAAAUGUUGGAAAUUUUAUAUCAGUUAUUCCUUCAUCGGGCAAUCUUCAACACCAAUCGCCGUCGACACAGCAGCAAAUUCUUCAUGCCGAUGGGCAGUAUGUUCUAGUUCAGCGAGCUGGGAUUGACAACACAUCCAUGCCGAGAGCAUCAAGUGCACCACCAGCUCAGAAUCAGCAAAUUCAUGGUGUCAAUGGAAUUCCAAUCAGUAACCGAGGGCGUCCAGCGUCUGUCGAAGUUGAUUCACUUGGGGAGAAGCAGAUGAUUGUUGUUGGUCCGAAUCCAGGUGUCCAGGCGGUGACGCGUCGUGGACCGAAUCAAGUUUAUGGUGAUAUAAGCAUGGAUCCGUCGCUGCAGAAUUUUGGUUUAGCCGGCGAAGGAACACCACCAAAUUGUGCGUGCUCCCUCAAUGCGAUGGUCAUUUGUCAGCAAUGUGGUAAUUUUUCUCAUGCUUCCUGCGUGGGAACGUCCAAAUUGUGUGUUGCUUGCGAUAUUAGAUGAGAUGGAUGGCAUCCAUUGCCAAAAUCACAUUAUACACAUACCCUAUGGAUUUAUUAUGGAUAAUUCUGUGAAUUGCUCAUAAUUUCUGAUGUUGUUUUUGCUAGUAUACACUGUAUUCUUUUCUUUCAACACCACUAUCAUUAAAAGGGACCGGGGCUAUAUAUGCGAUAUUAUUACAAAAAAAAUAAAGAAUUACAGCAGAAAA